UUGGCGGGCGGGUCGGUUGGUAAGGGGACGCUGCUGUGAGGCUUUUGCAGUUACCAAGGGAGACGGUGUGAAGCUGUGGAUACGGCAACGCUGAGCGUCCCAGGAGGAGGAUCGAUCUGACAUCCGCGGCAAGUAGGAGACACCAGCUCAGUGAAGAUGGUUGAAUGGAUUACCCUGUGAGGAGUGGUCUGAAGUGGAGCAGGAUGGAUUUGUUCGGUCUACCAAGAAGGUGACACCUUUAGUGGUCCAAGUGCAUCACGUGAAGCUGUUUAGUCUUGAGUUGGAGCUGGAGCUGAAUGGGAAUGCCUGCCGUUAGUCAUGUGCCAGAAAAUUCUUCCACAGCAUCCGAUGAGGAGGACCAUGAGGACCACCCGUGCAUUCAGUGGACAGGCAUCAAUCGGUUGGUACCUACCUUGGUUUUCUAUGCAGACGGUAUUGUAACAAAGGACAGCAUCUUACGCUUAAUUGGAGAACGCUACCACUUGGCGUACAAGAUUGUGCGCACUGAGAGCAGGCUGGUACGUAGCAUUCUGACGGUGCAUGGCUUCCAUGAGGUGCAUCCCAACAGUAAUGAUUUCAACCUGAUGUGGACAGGUUCUCAUCUUAAACCUUAUGUAUUACGCUCACUGCUGGAAUUUCAAAAAGUCAACCACUUUCCCAGAUCCUAUGAAUUGACCAGGAAGGAUCGGCUGUACAAAAAUAUCCAACGCAUGCAGCAAACGUUUGGUUUCAGGCAUUUCAACAUUGUACCUCAGGCGUACAUCCUCCCUGCUGAGUACCAGGAAUUAUGGACUGCACAUACAAAGGAUAAAGGAGCGUGGAUUGUCAAACCAGUCGCAUCUUCUAGAGGCCGUGGAGUCUACUUGGUCACAAAUCCUAACCAGAUUACAACAGAUGAGAGCAUCUUAGUUUCACGUUACAUCCGCUCUCCACUGCUAAUUGAUGAUUUCAAGUUUGAUGUGCGAUUGUAUGUCUUAGUGACAUCUUAUGAUCCUCUGGUGGUUUAUCUAUAUGAAGAAGGAUUGACAAGGUUCGCUACUGUGAAGUAUGACCGUGCAACAAAGAAUAUCAAAAACCAGUUCAUGCAUCUAACCAACUACAGCAUCAACAAGAAAAGCCAAGACUAUGUCAGCUGUGAUGAUCCAGAUGUGGAGGAUUAUGGGAAUAAGUGGAGCAUGAGUGCUAUGCUGCGGUACCUGAAACAGGAAGGAAUGGACACAGUUGCUUUGAUGGCUCAGAUCGAGGACCUUAUCAUUAAAGCACUGAUUGCAGCCGAGCUUCACAUUGCCUCUGCUUCCAAAAUGUUUGUGCCCCACAGAGGCAACUGCUUUGAGCUGUAUGGCUUUGAUGUCCUAAUUGACUCCAAUCUCAAGCCCUGGCUGCUGGAAGUUAAUCUGUCACCGUCUCUGGCAUGUGAUGCACCCUUGGAUUUGAAGAUCAAAGCAAGCCUGCUGUCUGACAUGUUCACAUUAGUGGGAUUUGUCUGUCAGAACCCAAUUGUCCGGCAAGGUAGACCAGUGAAAAGCAGUUGUGAUCUUGGCGCUCGACCAAAGUCUCACAGAGCUCUGCACCAACAGAGGUCAAUGUCUGCAAAUGAUUCUGAGGUAAAAGGCAAGACUUCAUCGGGCAAGGAGAGACCAUUAGGAGCACAAGGAUCAAGCAAUCUGCAAUUGUCUAUGGAGGAGAUAAAAGUUGUGCGGCGUACAAUGGAAGAGAAUGAAAGAAAAGGAGGAUUUAUACGGAUAUUUCCCACUGCUAAUACCUGGGAACUUUAUGGGCAAUUUCUAGAGCAUAAAACCACGCUGAACUAUGUGCUGGCCACACGUCUUUUUGCAGGCAGGAAGAAGAAACUUGCUACCUCGUUAAAACUUCGUAAUGGUGUAACGCAGAGCAAUCACGGGCCCAUCCGAACGGAGGUGUUACUUGUAGAGGCUCACAACCAUGUUCAGCAAUACGAGAGGAAACUGCUGUCACUGGAAGUGAGAAGGAAGCAGAACCAAUCUGCUGCACAGACAGCAAUGGGAAAAGGUGCUGGAUCCUCGCACAAAGUUGCAGUUGCUUCUUCUGGUAGUGCUGGUUGUGAAGCUGAGGAUGAAGGGGAGGAGGAAGCAGAGGAUGAUGAGGAAAUAUCAGAGGAUGAAGCAGAAAAUAGUGAUCAUACCUGCUCUGUCCAAGCUCUGGCUCAGGAACCAAUCUCAAAAGGCUUGAGAGUCAAUAAUGAGGGAAUGCAGGAACAACUCGAACUCACUGAGCGGGAGGUUGUUGGCAAACAGAUGCUUGGUCAGGGGCAAUCUUUGACUCAAACCAAAGAGGAAGAAAACAGCAAGCAACCAAAAGUUAACCUCCUUGAGAUGAUACAGCAAGGGGCCAAUCUAAGUAAGGUACAGGCACGCUUGGCCUUUGCGGCCUAUCUGCAGCGUGUGCAGUUCCGGCUGCUCAGGGAGCGUCUCCAUCAGAAUGAACCCACCACACUUACUGACCAGGAGGAGGAGCAAAUGGAUCUGGUGGUCAGGUUUUUGAAGCGAGCAGCCAGUAAUCUCCAGCAGUCGGUGAUGGUGACAUUGCCCAGUCGUCGCCUUCCGAUCUCUGAGCGUCGACACAUGCUGGCACAGCAACUCGGGGUCUUCAUCCGCAGCUACAAUAAGGAAACAGAUCGAAUGAUUAAGAGAAGCCAGAUGGAUCCAAAGCCAGAGACCUGCAUCCAACAGGAAGAAUUCCAAGUAUUUGUCAGUAAAGCCAGUGAGAAUGAUCUGGAGGAACUGCUCACAACCUACACACGUAAAAACAAAUCAGCCAGUGUCUUCCUGGGGACUCAAACCAGGAAUGGGAACCAGAGCAUCGGUAUGCAGCAAAACAGCACCAAAUCCACAAAAGGACCAGCUGUACUCAACGAGAGAAAUUCAUGUAAAUCAGACGGUUCUGGUGAUGGCAGGCUCUGUUGUGCAGAAACCAACUCGAUGCAGGAGGUCUCCAGUUAUCAUGUUCACCCUCCACACACAACCCUACAGCAAGCAGGCUACCAGCCCAUGCCCACUUCCUUACCCACCUGCGCGACUCCAACUCAAGAUCUAGCUAUCUCGCUGGCUGAGGUAGUGGGCAGGACUGGCACAGGGGCCAACAGACUGGGUUCAGCUACCCUGCCAUCUCGCCACCCCCUGCACCCAGGCACAAUCCAGCGGCCCACGUCCAGCACUCUCCCAAUUGCUCCAGUAUCAUCUUUCCAAGCAGCUACACAGAUCUACAGUCGGAAAAUAUCCCGCCCGACCUCGGCCACAGCUGGAUCAGGCGUUCGAUGCCCCAGUCGACUGCCUCAAUCAGCAGCAACAGUUGGCACACUGGGGGAAGGUGACCACCAACCCACUCCGAGUGAAGACGUGAACCAUGAAGCCAUCUCCAUCAUUCUUCAGCGCUUGGCAGCAAAGCAGAGAGUUCGGCAAUACUCUGCCUCGAAUCAUCUCAAUAUUCUAACGCAGCAGCUAUCCAACAUGAACCUGGCAAGUGGAGCAACGAACAGAGGAAAUAUGUUUAUGACACCGGGCUUCCAGUCAUCAGUCAAAAACUUGGAUUCGAUACACGCUGCCCACCUUGACUCUCAAGCUCCCAGCUCUGGGUGUGGUGACAGAAUCGCAUCUACAGCCUCCCGGGGUUUUGUGGAUAACCUGAGCUGGGAUCAUGAGGUCGAGUGUGCAUAUAACACAGUGACAGGAGUGACUCCAAGGCAGAGGUACCAGCCCACAUCAGGGAGCCAGCAACUGCAGUACGCACUCCAACAUCUCCAACAGCAACAGCAGCACUCCCGACAGCUCCUGGAUACCAGCCGUGCCCGGCAGCAGGUAAAAGAGUGGGGAGAGCAUGAUUGGCACCAGGGAAACAGGCAGGUGGGCCAGAGCGCCAAACCUGGUGGCGAGGUGGGUCUGGGGUUACUGUUUCAAUUCCCAGCCUUAUGUGAUGGUUAUAUUUUAACAUUGGUUCAUGAGAACGAUCCUAACUCUGAUGUCUGCCUGACACCAAGCCUGGGUGGUUUCACUGCUGCAAUGUAA